UAAUUUCAUGUCUACAACGAACCAAGCGCACUCCUUGGACAAAGAAACCAGUGCUCUGCUUUGUCUCUGGUUCUUCCAUUUUCCUCCACAUCGAAGAAAAAUGGCUUCCAUCUCGGCGAGCACUCCGACUUCAUCAGUCGUCCGAGGCAGCCUCGGGCGUAGGAGUUCCAUUGGGGCCUCAUCAUCCCCUGUUCUUGGUAAGCUUUCCAAGUGGUUGCCGGCAAUGGAAAAGAGGGGACGUGUGAUGUGCUCGGCGGAGAAGAAGCCCUCCACACCCAACACCCGCUCAAAUGUGAGCAUGAAUGCAGCACUGAUGGCAGCUGCAACCAUGUCGAGCCCGGCCGCCUUGGCUCUGGUGGAUGAGAGAAUGAGCACAGAAGGAACUGGACUCCCCUUUGGCUUGAGCAACAACCUUCUUGGAUGGAUCCUUCUGGGCGUCUUUGCUCUCAUCUGGGCUCUCUACUUUGUUUACGCCUCCAGCCUUGAAGAGGAUGAGGAAUCGGGAUUGUCCCUCUAAACCCAUUUGGGGGGUGGAAGGUUGGUGGACCUUUCUUUGUAUGUUUGAUUGUGAAUCAUCCGUAUCUAUUAAUCAAAAUUGUGUAUUUAUUCCUAUUUCCUUCUAGCUAGUAUUUUUCUCUGCCUUUUCUUCUGUUAUAUAUGCCAUAAUUUCAUUAUUUUGAGAAUGGUCUAAACCCUACUUUGUGCAUUUGUUCUAUGCACAAUGAACCUUAAUACUCAGGUUACUGUCCUCAUAAAAGAAUUCAAGUUUGAUCAGA